AUGGCCGUGGGAAGCGAUGGUCGAGCGGAUUUCGGAGACUGUGAGCCCGAGUUGCGAGCCGAUAGGACGCAAGGACCACCCUGCCACCAGAAUGAACACUCUUUGACCUGGGUCAACCUUGGCCUUAAUUACCCUGGACAGGAACACUCCUUGACCUGGGUCAACCUUGGCCUUAAAUACCGCCGGUCGGCUUGGAUAAGCCCUCGAGAAGUCACGUGGCAGCACGCGGCCCGCAAGCAGCCGCGUGGUCUAUACGUACACGAGCACAAAGUCCAACCUCAGCCCCCAACCCUACCUUCUCCUCUCACUACCCCAGAAGGCCACGCUCCUACAGUUGCACACGUGAUCGACCCUUUGCAAAUGAAAGGAGAUGAUGAGAGGUUUGCCCUCUCCAUAGAGCAAGUCUUUAGGGAUUCUGCCAUCAUCCAUUCUGUGGACAUGAUCCAGCCAUCUCAGUCGACGCUGCCUGAGCAGGUCACAGGAAGCCGUACAAGAAUGCGUGGAGCUCUGUGCUAUUUUGAGACUGCAGAUUUGACAGCUCUCCACAGCCUAGUUGUUUCGGGUUUAGUAUCUGAUGUCGUAGACAAUCGUGGGUCCAGUUGUAAUAUAGUUGUACGCCAAAAGCAUAAAACACUUUACUGGCCCAACAAAGCAAAUUCUCACACUUUUACAUUUAGAAAAAACAUAUACGGUCACCUUUAUUACCGCUGUCCGUUUCGUUCUCAGGUGCAGUAUCACGCGGACUUCGAAAAGAACAAGGCCAAGUUCACGCAGGUGGCCGACGACCCGGAGACGCAGCGGCUGAAGAAGAACACAAAGAUCAUCAGCAACGUGGCUUACCAUGGCGAGCUGGAGCGGAAGGCGGAGAUGGAGCGGAAGCGCUCGGAACCGGGCGAGGAGGACGAAGAAUACCCACCCUGGCUUGAGGCUCCAGGAAGAGAUGUUCUCACAGCCACAACCUCUAUCCACCCACCUACACAUACAGACGAUGACCUCCAUGGCCAUGAGUUGACCCGAGACCCAACACCCCAAUCUCAGCCACCCCACUCCUAUGACUACUCUUCCUCCUCUUCCUCUUCCUCACGAACACAGCCACCUCCACCGGCCUAUCAUCACGCGCAGUCCCCGCCUAACUACCAGACUCCAGCUGCUAAAAACAGUUACCCAGCUGCUCCUUAUCAUGCACAGUCAAGCAGUCACUAUCCUACACCUGCCUAUGAUAGUGGUCCUCAUUCCCAACAUGGCUACCAUUCUUCCUCUGGUCCUAGGUCACACAAUGCCAACACCUACCACCCUUCAGAAUUAAUUGAGCAGAGUGGGUACUACCUUCCAAACCACGUGGAUGGACAGAAUGCCUCUAUUAACCGCUAUUCUGACCAACCCACCAAUGGUUCAAGUGGGGCAUAUCCUAGCACUAACAGACAUGGUGCUUCACACACAUAUUACCCAACUAACAGCCACUAUGCAACUGGGGCCCCCCCACCACGUGAGCGGCCGCAGGAACAGCAGCAGCAGCAACAACUCCAACAGCAGCACCAACACCAGCAGCAGCAACAGCAACAGCAACAGCAGCAGCAUCACCAUCACCACCAACAGAUGCAGAAGCAUCACCAGCAACAACAACAACAACAACAACAACAACAACAACAACAACAACAACAACAACAACAACAACUACACCAUCACCACCAGCAGCAGUCUUAUGGCCCUUCCCACCAGCAAUAUGGAGGAGCUUCCCUUUCCUCUCAACACCGCCACCCUCCCCAGUCCUCCUCCACAUCAUUCCUCCAUCACCAUCACCAACAACCACACCACCCACAACAUCAUCAUCAGUCACAACAACAGCAGCAGCCACAGCAAAAGCAGCAGAUCCAAACCUCAUCCUAUCACCAUCACCCAGCCCCACAAAACAUGUAUCAUGAUGCCAACCACAACUCCCCAUACUCUGCCCGAACGUCCCAGACCCUCAUCUACUCCAGUCAAACUGGACCAGUGCAACAGCAGCCUAACCGUCGUGUUGGUAGCAUAGCUGACUACGACCCAGUGAAUGAGCAGUAUGGUUCAAUUAGCCAGCCCACAGGUUCUGGUGGCUAUCGACAGGAAACAUCAUAUCAGGUGCAGCGCAGCAACUUAUAUGGUGACCCAACUACAGGCCAGCAGCCCCCACCACAGCACUUGAAUUCUAAUGCAGCACCGCACCAUAAGGUCACUGCUCCUCCUACACAGCUGGGGCGAUGUUAUCGUGCCAUGUAUGACUAUGAGGCAGCAGAUACAGAUGAAGUCAGCUUCAAGGAUGGAGACCUGAUCAUCAACUGUACAGCCAUCGAUGAAGGAUGGAUGACAGGCACAAUCCAGCGCACUGGAGUCACGGGCAUGUUGCCAGCCAACUAUGUAGAGAGAGUCAGCUGAAGUGUUUUCUCAUGGUACCAGUACACGGAGGAUCCUUGUGAACUUUUUAUUAUAUAUAUAUUUUUUUUUUCCUAUUCUUUUUAUGUAUGUAGGAGUUUUAAGUAAGUUUUCAUUCUAUGCUUUCCAGUGUUCAGUAUCUUUUUGUCAGUAAUUGCACUAUUUGUUAACCUUUUUAUUUUGAAACUGAUGUUGAUUUAGGGCAGAAUUUCAGUUCAAAGGCCACACAGUUAAAACAUGGGAAUAUUUUACCUUUUUAUCAUAGUUUUCAUACAUUUUAUUUAUUUUUUUUUUUUUCUACAUCGGAGAACUCUUUAAUGCUUUCUGCCAUGAGUGCUUGUAUACAUGUACAGUCCAGUGUGAGUUUGUUUUAUUAAAGCUGAUUAUAUGUAAAUGGCUCCAGAAGUACUUAUGCACCAAGGAGUUUAAUUAAUAGGCCUACCUGUCUUCAUCUGUUUCCACCAUUUCUUGAUUUUUUUGGAAGAGUUUUUGUUUUUAUAAUUAUUAAUUGUGUAUAAUAUUCAAUAGUAAUGGUAAAGAUGGUAAUGAUAACAUUAGUAACAUCAAUAAUAGUAAUAGAAAUUUAAACUUUUCUCCCAUAAAUUCCAGUAAUGGAGUAAAAAAAAAGUGAGGUCAGGUAGGCCAUCUGUGUUUAUGCAAAAUUAAUAAUCUAAAUGGACCAUGCAUGAACUGAGCACCAGUUGGUGAAGAUAAAAGGAAAAGGAAACAUUGAACCUUAGUAUCCCAGUUUCAAAGUUCAUGAAGGGGUUUUGUAAAUGCUUCACAUGGCUGCCUUGAGCAAGUACUUUGUAAUGGCACUGCAUAAAGUGCCUGUUUUGGAAUCACAUUAGGAUAUAUUGUACAAAUUUGUUUUUCAUAAAUGUACCAAAGCUUGUGUGAAUAUGAUAUAGGAAAAGCUGCAGAUCUGCUAGACAAAAGAUAUAGGUUUUAUUAUGAUAAAAUAUUGAAAAUAAUGAUUUAUCAUGUGUAUCUGUGGCCUUAUUCUAUCUAGCCUUAACAUUUUGCUUCUUUAGAAUAUGAUCUUAAAAACUGGAUUUGACACUGAUAAGCAGCCUGUCCUAACUUCAGCUAAUAAGUACAGUAUGACUAGAGCUCAAAGAUAACAGGCUGCCAUGUAUGUGAAAUAUUAUUAGGGUAAGCAUGUUGAUUAAAAAUGAAAAAGAAUCCUGGAAAAUCCAGGAAGUGCCUACCUUAUUCUAAGAUACUUACUUAAUAUUUGCAUGUAAGAAAAUUCUGUGUAUGAGAUAAUUUCUUGAAACAAAUGUGUGAUAUGUUGUGCCUUGUUUAAAGAUAUUGAGAUAAAACCAUCACAUUAACACUCACUUUCAAAGUUAAAGGUAAUCACUGUCAUAUAUGACUUCUCAAAGAGAUUUUGUUGGUUACAACUUUAUGUAAGUUGUAGUUUAUAGGAUGUAAUUCUGAAAGUAAAUAAAUUUCUACAGUUCCAGAAAUGCCUGACUAUCCAUACUGAUUCGGCUCAUUAAAGGAUAAAGGGAAGUUGUUGAAAAGAGUGAACUUAAAGUAGCACUGGCCAUUCUUUUUCUUUCUUUCUUCUUUUUUUCCAUUUUAGUUCUUAAGCAUCAACUGUUAAUUAAUAUUUUUUAUUCUUAGUCAAUUCUUAGUCAAUUCAGAAUGAUUGGCACUUUUUUGACUUCAUAGAACUUUCAGAUCAUAAUGGUGCACCAUAUGCACUCUCAGUUUUUACUGAAAAAUUCCUACCCACUUUAUGUAAGGAAAGCCAGUAAGUUUCAUAGUUAUUAGUGUGAAAUAAUGUAGGUGACCUGUAAUUGUCCAGUGAUCCAAAGGUUUCUAAAUUACAAAGGAUAUGGAGUAUGACAUUUUUUUCUGUUACACACACACACACACACACACACACACACACACACACACACACACACACACACACACACACACACACACACACACACACACACACACACACACA